AUGGCGGGGUUAAGUCAGGGAAGGUCAUAUCGUAGGCAAUUGUUUGAUGAGAUAUUUGAUUUUAGUGAAGAUGAUAGUUUGUUCACUGAAGAUGUGGAGGAAGAUGAAUCAGCUGGUGAUCAAGAUAUGAACGAAGGAGGCAUUAGAGCAGUAGCAAACACUAAUGCUAUUGAAGAAGGUCCUCUAACAGGGAUGUUAUUUCCUUGUAUCAGCACUAUGUUCAACUUCUAUAAAGAACAUGCUAGAUUGAAAGGUUUUAGUGUUUUCAAAAGAUCAUCAGUUAAUGUACGGGGUGGAUCUCGCAAAUAUCAAACAAUUAGUUGCGAUAAAGGAAGGAAAGCAAUUGGUGCGAAAUCAUCAAAAAGGAUAAAUUGUCCUGCAAAGAUUAAUGCAAUCCUAAGAGAAAAUGGAAUGUGGCAGAUUUCAAAAGUUAUUUCAAGUCACAAUCACGAAUUGGAACCUUCUAUGUCUAGAUUGAUGGUUGCUCACAGGUCACUGAAUAUGGAUAUGAAGAGGAGAUUGGAGGCAAACGAUAUAGCUGGCAUAAGACCCGCAAAAAGCAUUAGGUUGCUUGAAGUUCAAGCAGGUGGACCAGAAAAUUUAAGCUGUUUGUCAAAGGAUUGUCGAAACUUCAUUGAGCGAAAGAGGAGGCUACGACUUGGUGAUGGUGAUGCUGAGGCUAUACGUAAGUUGUUUGUGAGAAUGCAACGAAACGAUCCUGAGUUUUUCUAUUCAUUUGAUCUUGAUGAUGAUUCCAGGCUUUCAAAUGUUCUAUGGGUUCAUCCUCGUAGUCGAGCUGCUUACGAGGAAUUCAAUGAUGUUGUUAGUUUUGACACUACUUACCUUGUUAAUCGAUACAAGUUGCCAUUUGCCACCAUUGUUGGAGUAAAUCAUCAUGGGCAAUCUAUUUUAUUAGGAUGCGCCUUGAUCUCACAUGAAGAUGUAAACACUUUUAAGUGGUUGUUCAUGACGUGGCUUGAAGCAAUGGAAGAUGUUCAUCCUAAUUCUAUUCUUACAGAUCAAUGCGAGAGCAUGAGGAAAGCCAUUAGGGAGGUAAUGCCUAAUACUAGACACAGAUUUUGCUUGUGGCAUAUAUUAUGCAAGGUACCUGAGAAGUUUAAGGGUGUUACUGAUUAUGAUAGUGCAUGCCUUGAGUUUAAAGCUGUAAUAUAUGAUAGCUUAACCAUCGAGAUGUUUGAGAGAAAUUGGAAUGAGUUUGUGGUGAAGCAUGGGUUGGAAAGAAAUGAAUGGCUUUCCAAACUAUAUGUUGAUAGGGAGUAUUGGGUUCCAAUUUAUCUCAAUCACACAUUUUGGGCUGGAAUGGUUUCGACUCAAAGGAGUGAGAGCAUGCAUGCCUAUUUUGAUGGGUAUGUUAACUCAAUGAGCACACUAAAGCAAUUUGUGGAGCAGUAUGAGAUUGCUAUGUGUGACAAGAAUGAAAAGGAGUUCUAUGCUGAUUUCAAAUCAAAAAACACAGUUGUAAAUUGCAUAUCUGUUUUUAAAUGGGAACAACAGUUUCAAAAGGCAUUUACUAAUUCAAUAUUCAAGCUCGUUAAAGAGGAGAUUAAACGAAUGUGGUAUUGCCAUGUCAUUCAGCCAACUGAAGAGGGAAGGCGUGAAGCAGAUAAUGAGCCAGGAAUUGAGAGACAUAAAAUUAUGGAGAAAUCCAUAAUCAACAACUGGUUUCGUAGGGAGUUUGUUUAUGAUGUAGAGUACAGGGAAAAUGGCCAAUAUUUCAGCUGCAAUUGUAAGAAAUUCGAAUCAAAAGGAAUAUUGUGCUGCCAUAUCAUGAGGUUGAUGUCACUCAAAGACAUAAAGUUCAUCAACGAACGAUAUUUGCUUAGGCGAUGGAGAAAAGAUGUUAAUCGUGUCCAUAGUAAAAAGUUUUUUCACGGAGGGUACCCACAUAUGACAGAGGAGUUUGAGAAAUACAGGGAGAUGGAGAGGUUAUUUCAAGAAGCAUCCGAUUUGGCUUACGAUGACAAUAAGAUCAAAUUUGUGAAACAACGGUUGGCUGAAUUGAAGCGGGAUUUAUUGAGCUGGAAUGAUGGAAUGAUUGCUCCUACCAGUAAUGCACAGGUUACUAUUGACACUAACAAUGUUGAUGAAAACGAAGAAAAUGAAAGAGUUAUUCUUAAUCCACAUGUGACUCGUAGUCGUGGACGGCCACGAAUAAACAGGCACAGAUCAGUAAGGGAGAUCACUCAACGAGCAAAUUCUGGUAGGAAUAGAAACAGUGGAAGGGGCAGGCGUAGAGGUCGACCAAGAAACAAUAUUAACUCGAAUAUUGCUGAGCAGGUUGGGCCGCAUAAUAGCCAAACACCAGGCAGCCAAACACAAGGAAAUGUUGCCGAUGUCAGAAUUAAUCCGAUUGUCAGUGGUACUAUACCAAGACAUCAUAGUAUUAGGCAUUAA